UAAAUUAGUUAAUAAUUAAAAUUUAUACAUAUAAUUACUUCCUUUGCAAAAAAAAAUAUUCAUAUAUAAAUAAGCCAGCAAGGCAGAGGAGAAGAGAGGAGUGUGGGUUCUGCAAACAAAAAGAAAAAGAAAAAGAAAAAGAAAAAGAAAAGAUGGAGAGAGCUGAGAAAAAGUGCGGGUUAGGGUUCCACAUCCUGGAAUUCCCACUUCACAUACUCUGUGAUAUCUUCUUCAAGCUUCCGGCGUGGUCCCUCAUUCGCUGCACCACCGUCUGCACCGCCUUCAAAAACCUCAUCACCGACCCUUCCUUCCGCCAACUCUAUAUUUCUCGAGCCCCAACCACCUGUCUCGUCCUCUCCGACCGCCGCUAUGUUUCCUGCAUCGAUUGCCGCCUCCUCUGCUCCGCUUCCAAUUCCAAUCACGGCACCUCCUCCUGUCUCGCCACCAUCGGCAAAACCCCAUCUUCCACAACUCGUUCUAAUUCGCCGAUCUCUGAUCAUGGAUCCAGAAGAAGGUUCAUCACAAUCGAUUGCGGGAGACCUGUCAAUUUGGUCAAUUCUGCUAAUGGGUUAUUGUGUUUACGCACUUUUGGGUUCCCCCAUGAUCGCGCUUUAUACUACAUCUGCAAUCCACUCUCGGCUGAGUUAAUGGUUCUUCCUAUUGCUCCGACUCCUAUUAAUCAGAACCUGCGUUUUUCCGCUUUUGGGUAUGACGCCCUCACCAAUCGCUAUAAAAUCCUUCAGCUUGUUGUCACAUCGACCAAUCAAAUGGUAGCUGAAUUGUUCCAGAUAGGGGAUGAUAAGUGGCGGGUGAUUGACAAUAAUGUUUCAUCUUCUGUGUCUGCGAGGGCUAGCAGUGCAUUUGACCCAUCACUCAACGGUGCUCUUCACUGGAUCACACAAAGCCCUCGAAUUUCUGAACUGAUAUGCUCCUUUGAUCUUAACAAAAACGAGUUCAAAUGGGUGGCACCCCCCUCACACUUUGAUGAUGACUAUUUGAAUGAAAUAUCAGGGAUCAGUGUGGGAGUGUUGAAGGGUUGCUUGUGUUUGUGCUAUGUUAAGGGUUCUGACGUGUUUGAGACAUGGUUGAUGGAGAGUUAUGGUGAGGUGGAGUCUUGGACCAAGGCAUUUAGCAUUGACAUCAAGUCUUAUGUUGGGUUGAGGCCACAGGAUAAGCACAGACCCAUUGGGUUUAGCAGCUCUGGGGCUAUGUUGCUGAAAGCUGAUUCUGGUUCUGAUUCCAAUUCACACUCUCUAGUCUCAUACAGUGCUGAAACUGGUAUGUUCAGGACUGUUGAUAUUGGUGGCAUCGCUUCAAACAUUGAAGCCACUCCUCAUGUUUUGAGCUUUCUCUCGCUGAAGGACAUGCUUAAUGUCAGGGACAACAACAAAGUGGUCAAUGUCAGACGCCUGCGUUAAGAAUGAAUAGGAUAGGAUUACUCAAUAAUAUACCAAGCUCUGAAAUUUAUGAAAGGGUGUUGCAUUUGGCCUCUUAUUUGGGGAUCAUGGUAGUUUGCAAUUUAUUGUGAGUGAUUGAUUACACAUGUACCUGCUUUCUGAAAUGUCUGCUGCUUGUACACAUCGUACGAGAAGUCCAAGAAGUUUCUGUUUUGGCGAAUAGCAUAUGAGAGGUAUGAAUAGUGGUCUGUGCGGUAUUCCCCUGUCUCAUCAAAUCAAUAUUUUAUUGUACAAGUCAAUAUCUUUGCACCUCAUUGGAGCUAUAUUGAUUAUUGAGAGUUGUCCAUUCUGCACUGAUUUGAUGUGUAAACUGUAAAUUGAAAUGAAAAAGAAAUAUUAUAAACCAGUUCCUAGUAAAA